CACCUUCGAUGAUAAGACUGACAUCCUGCGCUACAUCAGCAGCAUGCCAUAUGGUCGUGGUAAAACAUACACUGGAGCUGCUCUCAAGUUUGCCAAAGAGCAUGUGUUCACCAAAGCAAGAGGCAGCAGAAGAGAUCAGCAUGUUCAGCAGGUUGCUGUUGUUAUCACUGAUGGAAAGUCAACAGAUGAGGUGGCCAGGGCUGCGGCAGCAUUGCGGCGAUCUGGCAUCACUAUAUUUGCGCUUGGUAUCAAAGACACCGAGGAGGAUGACUUGAGAGAGAUUGCUUCCUACCCAUAUAAAAAGUUUGUAUUCAACGUGGAAGACUUUGAUAAACUAAAUUCACUUUCAAAUAUUUUAACCAAAACACUCUGCAAUGAAAUCACAGAUUCCAUCAUACCUAGAGUUUCACUCUCACAGAGCUUUGUUUUACAAGGUUGCAAGCAAACAACCAAAGCCGACAUAUACUUUCUUCUGGAUGAAUCAGGAAGUAUAUCCUAUGAUGAGUUUGAUGAUAUGAAGAACUUUACUAAGCAAUGGCUUGAAGCAUUUGAGGUUGGAAAUAACCAUGUGCGCUUUGGAUUAGUAAAAUUUGCAAGCAGCGCAACAACAGCUUUCCGAUUACAUGACUAUAACACAAAAGCUGAUAUCGAAAAGGCAGUGAAUGCCCUCAUUAUGGAGGGAGGGGGCACCAGGACUGAUUUGGGGUUGAGAGAAAUGAUCCCGCUGUUCGAAGAAGCUGUACGAACACGUGAGGAAAAAGUUCGUAAGCUCCUGAUUGUCAUCACAGAUGGCGAGUCAAGAGGGACAGAAGAGUCGGUAGAAGUCCCUGCUAAACUUCUGAGAACAGAACAGAAUGUCACCAUUUAUGCUAUUGGUGUGAAAGAUGCAUCUGAGCCAGAGCUGGAAUUAAUAUCUGGCAGCCCACAAAGAACAUUUUAUGUCAAAAACUAUGAUUUCCUUGAUGAAAUCAAGAAAGACAUCAUUACAGAAAUAUGCUCCUUUGAAGGUUGUGAAGGUCUUUUUGCAGAUGUUGUCUUCCUGCUUGAUGGAUCAGAAAGCGUUAGUGCUAAGGACUUUGAAAAUAUGAAGUACAUAAUGAAGCUUGUGAUAGAUAGGUUUGUAAUUGGACCGGACAAGGAGCGUGUUGCGGUUGUUCAGUAUGGCACAGACCCAAAGGAGGAGUUUUCCUUAAAUAAAUUUGACGAUAAAGCUGUAUUAUUACAGGAAAUUAGAAAUAUUAAACAGAAGAAUGGAAAAACAUACACUGGAAAAGCACUUAAAGAAGUAUUACAAUCUUUCAACAUUUCUAAAGGAGGACGCGCCAGUGCUUUAAAGUUCUUGAUACUUCUUACAGAUGGAGAGAGUUGGGAUGAUGUAUCUGAGCCUGCUAAAGUCUUGAGAGACAAUUUAAUCAACAUUAAUGCUAUUGGUAUGAGACAUGCAAACAAAUCUCAGAUUCUUGCCAUUGCUGGAUCCCAUGAUGGAGUGUUCUUUGAAGACGCUGUUGCAUCCCCAAAAGAAUUAAGCAAUGACAUCCUUCUAAAGAUCUGCAACACAGAAUGCAAGACACCAGAAUUGAUCGAUAUAAUCUUCCUUAUGGAUGCCUCCGGAAGUCCAAAUAAAGAUGGUUUCCAGGAAAUGAUAAACUUAAUGAAAUAUACGGUGAGCAAAUCUGUGGUUGGAGAAAAACGGGUACGAUUUGGCGCUGUCACCUACUCUAAUAACCCUCAUUCAGAGUUCACACUAAAACAGUACUACAGUCAAACUGAUAUUCUGAGGGUUAUCUCAAACCUCAAAACUUCAGGAGGAAGCAGAAACACGGUCCGAGCCCUGAACUAUACACUCUCCUACUUUGGUGGAACACAUGGUGGACGACGGGCAAAGAAUGUUCCCCAAGUGCUAUUUCUGAUUACAGACGGCAAGGUUAAUGACUUAAGUGGUCUAGCAACAUGGCCUGAAUCCCUGGCAAAUUCAGAGGUCAACUUUUUUGCUAUUGGUACUGAAGAUGCAGAUGCAGAACAGCUAAAGGAGAUGGUGGGAAAGAAAGGAACAGUGCACUAUGCAAAGACCUACCAGGAUCUGCAUGGACUGCAAAAACGGAUCACCCAAGAGCUCUGCGAUCUUACCAAACCAAUUUGUGAGAUGGAGGUAUCAGACCUUGUUUUUUUAAUUGAUGGAUCAGAGUCUAUUGACGAACCAAGUUGGAAUACUCUCAAAAAAACCAUGAUUGGCAUUGUGAAAGAGCUGGAUAUUGCUCAAGACAAAUGGCGAGUGGGUGUUGCCCAGUUCAGCGAUAUACUCCUGCAUCACUUUUACCUGAACACAUACACUAGUUUUGCAGAAGUGGAGGAAGCUAUAAACAAAAUUAGACAACGAAAGCAGGGCACAAGUACUUGGGACGCACUGAGAAAUAUUAGAUACUACUUCACAAGAGAGAAUGGAUCCAGAAUAGAUGAAAGAGUCGCUCAGAAUCUCCUGCUGAUCACAGAUGGAAAAGCUAAUGAUGAGAAAGACUUGAACGCAUUAGUGUAUCUCAGAAACAAGAACAUAACUAUAACUGCCAUUGGGAUUGGCGAUGAAAUAAAGAAAUCUGAACUGCGUGAAAUAGCUGGAUCAGCUGAUCGGGUCCUUAUUGAGACUUUUGAAGGCCUUGAACUGAAGACAACCAUAAGGAAAGUGUUACAUUUACUCUGUACAGACACAAGACCAAUACCACAACCCCCAUAUGACUGUGAUAUUGACAUUGCCUUUGGGUUUGACGUGUCCAGACGGACAAGCACACAAACUCUGUUCAGACCUCAGGUGGAACCGUUGGUUUCUGCAGCCAUCCACCGUAUCUCCAUGAUGGGUGAUCUGUGCUGCAUCAAAAAGGACAAGAUUACAACUAGAUUUGGCUAUAGGCUAGAUAGGAGUGUUCUGAAUGAUUUUGGCUUUGAGAAGUACAGCGAGGAUGUGGUCAAGAAAGUGAUGUCAUUUCAACCUACGGCACCCCUGGCCUUCAACGGGGUUCUGUUAGAUUCCUUCAGAGAAUUGUUAGCCUCCUCCAAAGCCAAGGCAAAGGUUUUGAUAAUCUUCACAGAUGGGUUGGAUGAUAACAUUAAGCAUUUAAUGGCAAGUUCAGAGAGACUUAAGCAAAGUGGGGUCAGUGCACUGCUGAUUGUGUCUUUGGAGGGAAUAAUGGACGUUCACCAGCUGGAAUUUGGCAGAGGUUCCGGCUACAUGCAGCCACUGACCAUCAACAUGCUAAAUUUAGGCAACGCUCUUAUGAAACAGAUUGAAACAGUAGUGCUGAGGAAAUGCUGCGAUGUGCUUUGUUCAUGCACCGGUGUACCUGGACCACGAGGACCCCCUGAAAGCUUGGGUCAAAAGGGAUAUAAAGGUCAGAAGGGUCAUCCUGGAUUUCCGGGAGAUGAAGGUAGUAUGGGAGAGCGAGGACCACCAGGGCUGAAUGGAACUCAGGGACACAGCGGUUGCCCUGGAAACAGAGGAAUACAUGGCCAGAGAGGCUACACUGGAAAUAAAGGAGAAGAUGGGGAGGAUGGGCUGGAUGGAGUGGAUGGAGAACAGGGUGAUGCUGGCCUAAAUGGGCUUCCAGGACCUAAAGGAGACCCAGGCAGUGCUGGUGUGAAGGGUUUCAGAGGCAGUCCGGGACCUGACGGACACAGCGGAGUAAGAGGAGAUCCUGGUGCACCAGGAAUAGACAACACAAUUCCAGGUCCAAAAGGCGAGAGGGGAGAUACUGGGCUCCCGGGUGACCAGGGCACUGUUGGACCCCCAGGCAGAAAACAGUUUGUAUUUUGGUAGGGUGCUCCAGGAAGAAAAGGCCGACCAGGAUUGCCGGGUGACUCUUCAAAUGAAAAAGGAGAAGCUGGACAGCGAGGGAUUCCUGGUUAUCCUGGACAAGUGGGACCACCAGGCUCAAAAGGGUUCCAAGGAGACAAUGGUCCUCCGGGUGCACCUGGAAUUCAGGGUCCCUUUGGCCCACCUGGACCUGAAGGAUCAAAGGGAGGUCGAGGAUCCAGAGGGCCAAGGGGUCCACCGGGUGACCCGGGGCCCAAUGGAGCACUGGGAUCAGAGGGAUUCAAAGGGCCUCUGGGACAAGAUGGAAGAGAUGGGUAUGGACCUUCUGGGCUCAAAGGACACAAGGGAAACAUUGGAUACUUUGGCCUCCCUGGUUUGCAGGGUGAGGAUGGUACCAAAGGAUCCAGUGGAAGUAAAGGACAUAAAGGUUAUCGAGGAAAACCGGGAAACACUGGUCUCGAAGGUCCUCCGGGUACUCCAGGAGAGAAUGGGAUGGACGGACACAGGGGUGAAAAAGGACCUCCUGGAAUCAGUCCAAUGCCUGAAUGUGACCUGGUCGAACACAUACGCAAAAACUGUCCUUGCUGCUCCGGUAAUGGUACCCGGUGUCCAGUUUACCCCACAGACCUGGUGAUAGCAUUGGACAUGUCUGCGGGUGUGACUCCUCAAGUGUUCGAGCGGAUGAGUUCUGCGGCUCUAUCUUUAUUGGAAGACAUUUCCAUUGCUGAAACAAAUUGUCCAUGGGGAGCUCGAGUAUCUGUGAUCUCCUACAGCAGUGAAUCCAGGAACCUGAUCCGUUUCGCAGAACACCUUAAGAAGAAGAGCCUUCUGGAAGCUGUAAGAACAUUCGCUCUAGAGAGAACCACAAAAACUAGAGACAUCGGACAAGCCAUGAGCUUUGUGGCCCGCAACAUCUUCAAACGUGUCCGAAAGGGCAGGCUCAUGAGGAAAGUGGCCGUGUUCUUCACAAACGGGCCGUCGAGGGAUGAAUCGAGCCUUGCAACAGCCAUGCUGGAGUUCAAGGCUGCAGACAUUGGCCUCGGAGUGAUCGCCUUAAAUCCUGCGGAUGAUGUGAGCCGAGCAAUGCAGCUGUAA